UGCAGCCUUCAUCUCUCCACUAGCCAAGUAUUCUUUCCAGCUGAUCUUUUCGCUUUUGUCCCUUUCCCAACCCUUUCCUUUGCUGCAAGUCUUCUCUUGCGGCAGCCAGAAGGCUUGGUCAGCGGGAGAGGAAGAGAAGAUAAAGCAAGAUAACCCGUCUGCCCGGGCAGGGAAGUCCUUUUCACAAGUGACGUCACACCGCGGCGGCGUCCCCAUUCCGAACUGCUCAGGUCCGCGACGUCCUCCUGGCUGCUCCACCCCUCCCCUCAGGCAGCCAACCAAGAGGAAGACGGGAAGGUGUCGCUAGCGGCGGUGAGAGUCAGCGGCGCAGCAGUAGCAUCAGCCGCCGCCUCGAGGAAGGUGUAGCGAGAGCGAGUGCCUCUUGCAAACUGGGUUCGCGGCGGUACCCGAGGAGGCUCGUGGCGCGCAGGACAGGAGUUGCUCUGUUCCCCUUUUGCGCGCGGCGCAGGCCAGGCAGGAAUGGCUGCAGUGGGCAGCAUGGAGCAGCAGCCGCUCCCUCCUCCUCCGGCCUCUUCCUGGCCGCCUGCUCUGGUGCAGGAUCCCGUUAGCUCGGCGUUGCUGGCGACCGCCGGGCUACUGCUGGCGCUAUGCUGGCUCUCGUGGCGCCGGACGCUGCAGGGGCUGCCGCCGGGCCCCAAACCCUGGCCUCUGCUGGGCAACCUCGCCUUCACCCUGAGGCCCCACCCGCUGGCGCGCAAAAGGCUGUUUAACGUCGGCGGCGCCAAUGACUUGGUGGCCAGGGAUAGCAGCCGCAGAGGCGCCCGGCGGCCCUCUGCGUCGCACCUGCUGCUCACGGCGCUGCGCCAGACCUACGGCCGCAUCUUCUGCUUCUUCGUGGGCAGCCGCCCGGUCGUCGUGCUCAGCGACUUCGAGUCGGUGCGCAACGCCCUGGUCAACCAGGCCGAGGUCUUCAGCGACCGGCCCAGCGUGCCCAUCGUGUCCAUCCUCAGCGAGAAGAAGGGUGUGAUAUUUGCAUCUUAUGGACCAGUAUGGAAAAAACAGAGGAAGUUCUCCCAUUCGACUCUUCGUCACUUUGGAUUGGGAAAGCAUAGCUUGGAGCCUACAAUUACUGAAGAAUUCAACUAUGUGAAGGAAGAGAUCCUGAAGCACGGAGAGAAGCCGUUCAACCCUUUCCCCAUUAUUGGCAACGCCGUGUCCAAUGUUAUCUGCUCUAUGGCCCUGGGCAAACGUUUUGACUACGAUGAUGUUGGAUUUAAGACCCUGCUGAGGUUCAUGUCACGUGGUCUGGAGCUCGCCUUGGACACCCACAUGAUUCUGGUCAACGUCUGCCCUUGGCUCUUCUACCUCCCUUUUGGGCCCUUCCGAGAACUCAGGCAAAUUCAGCUGGAUAUCACGGCUUUCCUGAAGACCAUAAUCGCACAGCACAGGGAAACGCUGGAUGCCCAGAAUCCCCGAGACUUCAUUGACAUGUAUCUCCUUCAUGCAGAUGAGGAAAGAAAGACCAACAGUGAAAGCAGUUUUAAUGAAGACUACCUGUUCUUUAUCAUUGCAGACCUUUUUAUUGCAGGCACAGACACGACCACCAACACGCUGCUCUGGAUCCUGCUGUACAUGUCGCUUCACCCCAAAGAACAAGCCAGGGUUCAGGAAGAAAUUGAUUUGGUCAUUGGACGUGAUAGGCCACCUACGCUUGCUGACAAGGCCCGCAUGCCUUUGACAGAAGCGACUAUCAUGGAAGUUCAAAGGAUGACAGUGGUGGUCCCUCUCUCCAUUCCGCGAAUGGCCUCAAAAGCUACUGUGCUACAGGGCUACAUUAUCCCAAAGGGCAGUAUAAUCAUUCCUAACUUGUGGUCCGUACACAGAGAUCCCAACAUAUGGGAGAGACCAGAUGAUUUCUACCCGGCAAGGUUUCUGGAUGAAAAUGGCCAGCUUAUCAAGAAAGAAACAUUUAUUCCUUUUGGAAUUGGAAAACGUGUGUGCAUGGGGGAGCAGCUGGCCAAGAUGGAGCUAUUCUUGAUGUUUGUGAGCCUCCUGCAAAGUUUCACCUUCCUGUACCCUGAGGACUUGAGGAAGCCAUCAAUGGCAGGAAGAUUUGGACUGACUUUAGCUCCAUUCCCAUUCAACAUAAUUGCCUUAAAGAGAUGAAGGACUCUCAGAUAAGAAAGCUGCAUGAUGUUUGUAUUCUUCUUACAAAAUCCAGGGCUAUAUAUGAAAUGCACUUCACUAGCACCUGCAGCCCACAGGGCAUCCAAUGCUCAUAAAGCACUUUCACCUUGGCCUAAGGAAAGAGGGUCAAGAUCUGUGAAACUUGAUUUGUGAAUUAGAUUUCCUUAGAUUUGUGAAACUCUUGGCUGUGGGAAACAAAAGAGCAUUCCUAAUUCUCACAGUUGCAGAGCCUUGAGCGACAAGAUUAGUGCAGAAACUCCCAACUGAAGUGUCCAGUAUCGGGUAUGUGUAGUUUGUUUCAUAUAAGAUUAGGAGUAAAGCGGAAAGGGAAACUUGAAAAUCUAAUCUACACAUACUGCUGUUUUACUGUACAUCAUAAUGAUGAGAAUCAACGAAACACAAAGCAGCUGUGCAUCUGGAUAUCUUUUUUCAAACAAGUGUCCUGACAGCCUUUUAAAAGGACACAUUAAAGGUGCAUACAGAUGAACCUUGAACUGGACUCACUGUGGGUUUUCUUCUCUGGGAUCAGCCCAGCUUCCACCCGCCUUCACUGUGAAAUGAACAGUCUUGCAUGUCACUGAUCUGAGGGUUGAUUCAGUCCUCAGGCUUGUCCAUCCUUGUCCCCUCCCCCAUCCAUGGUUGAGACAAGCUGUUCAUUGCUUUCUUUUAAAGCACUGUGCAUGUGCAUUUGUUCCUUUAAAUGUAUCCCUGUCCCCAUAUUUAAACUUAAUUUUCAAAAGAUUGAAAAACUGCUCCAGGGGAAAUAAGUUAGUGAUGUCACUGGUUCCAGCCAAUCAGCAAUCUGAAGCCUUGGUUUCUGCUUCAGCCAUGAAGAGCUGAUAUUCCCUGAGCUCAGUUUGGGUGAGAAGAUAAAAAUGCACCAAAUUGCAGGCUCGUGGUUCAGGUUGUGUGUAUCUGUACACAUAACCCUGAGAUUUGCCUCAUAGUACCUGAAUUAAUUACUAGUAGUGAACUCUUAUUCUUUGCCUUUUUUCUUGUUAGGUCUUGCCUCUAUUCCCCAUUUGCAGCAGAUCAGCAGUCUUCCCAUGUCUAUAUUGGAAACAUUUGAGAAUCAGUGUAGAUGCCAUAGGAAGCAGCAUUUACUUGUUUCAAACUGUCCUGCUUCAAAGAGAGGCAGACUUCCUCACUCCAACUGACCAUGAUCCAAAAUGCAUAGGAAGAAAAGCCUCCUUUCUUGCUGGUUUUGCUGUAUGCUGGGCUGAAUCUGGGUGCUCCCUCUUACCUUUCCUCCUGUCUUUGUGGGAAUAUGAAGGCAUAGUUGGUGAUGUGUGUGAGCCUGUUUCCCACAUUCUGCAUGGACUGCAGAGGUUUUUCCUGGUGUAUUUGCAGUGCAGCAUAGAUCUGUGCAGUGGUGCUGUUUCAUUGUGGUAGCCACGCACAACUACAUAUUCUUCUGAAAGAUAUGACAUUUUUAAUAGGGAUCAUGUAGGAUGGUGGCAAGCAAGAGUUCCUCCUGCACACUCUGUGAAGGAAACCUUACUGCCAAAACCCUGGGCUGGACUGCCAGGCAGGAUGUAACCAGCUGCUGGCAAAUACAGAAUUCAAAGCUAACUUUGAAUUCUAAUUAGAUUCUAAUUGAAUUCUAACUAAUUAAAGGAACCCGUCACCUCAUGGAAAGUACAAGGGUAUAAAUCAAAUUGCGUGCAGAUUGAAGUUGUAGUUGGACUGCAGAAUGGACAGGCCUUUAGGGGUAGGUUGGGGUUCUCAAGCUUGGGUCCCCAGAUUCUGUUGGACUACAGCUCCCAUCAUCCCCUGCCACAAUGACCAAAGUCGAUUGUGAACUUCUUGGGCAUCUCUUAAUCCCUGUAUCCUUCCAUGAAAAUCUAAAAUUGCACUUCAGAUUUUCAGCUGAAUACUGUUAAACAGCCAGACUAAGAAGCAAAAUGUGUUGCAAAGUUGGCAAUGCAACAUAUUCUUUGUAUGGCAUGUAAACCCUCUUGUAUUAAGGCGCUUUUUAAUGAAUCACUUUCUAUCAAGAAAGUUAUAUCAGGAUCCAAAGACCUGUAUUUCUAUAAUUUAUUAGAUGUUAAGCUCCUCUGUAAUGAUUGAUUAUAUAUAAAGGUAGUUUGCCUAUAUCUUCCUCAUGUUUACCUUGCCUGCACUUUUUUCAAACUGAAUGCCUUCUGUAGCAUUUUAGUAUGUAAGAUGUCAUUCUGGUUAGAAACUAGCAUUUGAGAUUUGAAACUAUUGCUAUUUUUGAAAAGGUGCCUAAAUUUCUACAUACAACCUGAGAUGUAUUUCUCAGUGUGAAUCUCUUUGUCUAAAUAAACCUUUUAUUCUAAAAACAUAA